AGGGUUGGGCGGGGAGAGGGACGCUCUCGGGAGGUGAGGCCCCGUGCCCCGAGCUGCACGCAGGCACGCCACUCUGAUUCGCGGAGAAUCGUGACGGAGGGGAUGCUCAGACCCAACUCCCAGGCUCCUGGUGCAAUGCGGCCAGCUCCACAUAGGCAGUGAUUGUGAGAAGUCGGGCUCUGGCUCCCCGGGGGAGGUGCUGGGUCCCAUCCAAGUAUCACUUGAUGCAGAGGAUUUUAGGUGAGGGAGGAGAGUGUGUACUAGAUGAAGGGAGCCGCACAUGAAAAAGCCAGGAGGCAGGUGAGAACACAGCCAGUGUUUGAAAACACAAAGGAGAAGCAGGCCUGGGUGGAAGGAACAGAGGAGGAAGGCCAGAGAAGAGGGCUUGAGCCCUGGGGGUCACCCUGUGUACACCAUCUGUUCUCAGGGUCCCCUAAAGGGCCUACUGCCACUCCCCUCCCCAGGUCCCUGAGGACUUCAUCUCCCGGGAGCUGUUUGACACAGUCCAGGUGUACAUCAUCACCAAGCCAGAGCUGCAGAACAAGCUCAUCACUCACAGCCAUGGAGAAGAAACUGAUCGGCUGCCCUGUGUGCAUUGAGCACAAGAAGUACAGCCGCAAUGCCUUGCUCUUCAACCUGGGCUUCGUGUGUGAUGCCCAGGCCAAGACCUGUGCUCUUGAGCCCAUCGUCAAAAAGCUGGCUGGCUACCUGACCACACUGGAGCUCGAGAGCAGCUUUGUGUCCACGGAGGAGAGCAAACAGAAGCUGGUGCCCAUCAUGACCAUCUUGCUGGAAGAGCUAAAUGCCUCAGGCCGAUGUACUCUGCCCAUUGACGAGUCCAACACCAUCCACUUGAAGGUAAUUGAGCAGCGGCCUGACCCACCUGUGGCCCAGGAGUAUGAUGUGCCCGUCUUUACCAAGGACAAGGAGGAUUUCUUCAACUCACAGUGGGAUCUCACCACACAACAGAUCCUUCCCUACAUUGAUGGUUUCCGCCAUGUCCAGAAGAUCUCAGCUGAGGCAGAUGUGGAGCUCAACCUGGUGCGCAUCGCCAUCCAGAACCUGCUGUACUACAAUGUUGUGACACUUGUGUCCAUCCUCCAGGUAGGUGAGUCUGCAGUCUGGUACUCCAACGUGUACUGCCCGACACCCAAGGUCCAAGACCUGGUAGAUGACAAGUCCCUGCAGGAGGCAUGCCUAUCCUAUGUGACCAAGCAAGGGCACAAGCGGGCGGGUCUCCGGGAUGUGUUCCAGCUCUACUGCAGCCUGAGUCCGGGCACUACUGUGAGAGACCUCAUUGGCCGCCACCCCCAGCAGCUGCAGCACGUUGAUGAAAGGAAGCUGAUCCAGUUUGGACUCAUGAAGAACUUCAUUCGGCGACUACAGAAGUAUCCCGUGCGGGUGUCUCGAGAGGACCGGGGCCACCCUCCCCGCCUUUACACAGGAUGCCACAGCUAUGAUGAGAUCUGCUGCAAGACAGGUGGAGGCAGGCAUGAGCUACCACGAGCUUGAUGAACGGCUGGAAAACGACCCCAACAUUAUCAUCUGCUGGAAGUGAGGCUGGCGGGGGCUGGAGCGACUGUCUCCUGCUGAGCCCGUCCUGGCGCUCGAGGCCUAGUCCACACUGUCAAGAUGCAUCCUAGCUUCUUAAAUAAAGUCAUCCAUCCUUUCAA